UCCUGCUGGCGGGGCGAUGAGCCGCUCGGAGCCGCGCUCGGUGGCUGUCGCCUCGGAUUGAAUUUCUGCUCGGAGCUGCUCGGAUUUCUUCCCCACCCCGGAGGUCGGGUUUACAGGCUCCGGUCCGCAGAGCCGCACUUUGCCUGGAAGUUUCCCCCAGCAGCGGAGCUCCACCGGCCGCGGCGCGCCGGCGCGGACAGCCGGAGGACAUGGAGCGGCUUUAGGAGGAGACCCAGCCCGGAGGAGGGAACCUCUUCAGGCCGAACAGGAACCAGAACCACGUUCAAGGGAGCGCCGGGAAGCCGGACCCGGUCCUUCAGAGCGGUUCUCCUCCGGAUCCGAUGGCUGAAAUGCUGAAUCCGCCGGCCCUGCUCAGCAUGCCCCGCAGCCCCACCUCCAGCGAGGAUGAAAUGGCCCAGAGUUUUUCCGACUACUCCGAUGACGGCGCGUCCGACAGCUCCCGGGAGGAAACCAUCUACGAGACGAUAAGAGCGACCGGCGAGCCGCCGCAGAACCACAUGGACGACAUCCAGUCCAACUCGCUGGUGAUCCGCGUCCUGAUCCCAGACCUGCAGCAGACGAAAUGCAUGCGGUUCAACCCGGACGCGACGGUCUGGAUCGCCAAACAGCGCAUCCUGUGUUCGCUCAAUCAGACCCUGAAGGACGUCCUGAACUACGGACUCUUCCAGCCGGCGAGUAACGGGAGGGACGGCAAGUUCCUGGACGAAGAGCGCCUCCUCCGAGAAUACCCACAGCCAAUCAGCAAGGGCGUCCCCUGCCUGGAGUUUCGCUACAAGAGCAGAGUCUACAGACAGCCCAACAUCGAUGAGAAGCAGAUCGCCAAACUUCACACCAAGGCCAACCUGAGGAAGUUCAUGGACUUGAUUCAGCAGAACCAGGUGGACAAAGUGGGGAAGCUGUUGGAGCGAGGCCUUGACCCAAACUACCACGACGGUGAUACUGGUGAGAGCCCGCUGACGGCGGCGGCCCAGCUGGACAACGGCGUGGAGAUGAUCAAGGUUCUGAGGAACGGAGGAGCUCAUCUGGACUUCAGGGCCAAGGACGGCCUGACUUCCCUUCACAAAGCCGCGCGGGCCAAGAACCAGCUCAUCCUCAUGACGCUGCUGGAGCUGGGAGCGUCUCCAGACUAUAAGGACAGCCGCGGCCUGACGCCGCUCUACCACAGCGUGGUGACGGGCGGAGACCCCGGCUGCUGCGAGCUGCUGCUCAGCCAGCACGCCUCCGUCUGCUGCCAGGACGAGAACGGCUGGCACGAGGUCCACCAGGCCUGCCGCCACGGCCAUGUGCAGCAUCUGGAGCAUCUGCUGUUCUACGGAGCGCUGAUGAGUGCCCAGAACGCCUCGGGGAACACCGCCCUGCACAUCUGCGCCCUCUACAACCAGGAUACCUGUGCCAGAGUGCUGCUGGUCCGUGGAGCCGACAAGGAAGUGAAGAACUACAACAGCCAGACUCCAUUUCAGGUGGCCAUUAUUGCAGGAAACUUUGAGCUCGCCGAACUCAUCAAGAACCACAAAGACUCUGAUAUAGUGCCUUUCCGUGAGGCCCCAGCCUACUCCAAGCGCCGGCGGGGUCCGUCCUCUGGCAGCGGAAACGGCCAGUCCCUGUCCUCGCUGUCGGCGCCCCGGGUCCUCCUGCGCUCCAACAGCGACAACAACCUUUCUGUGAGCCAGUACCAGCAGCAGCAGCAGCACGGUUCCCCUGGAAACUGGGCCCCCCAUCUGCAGCAGCACCAGAGCCACCAACACCGGGCCCCCCAGCAGGGCCACGCGCAGCCUGGCUCCUCAGCUUUGCACCGCAGCCUGUCCCCCCAGCUGGUCCAGCAGAUGCCCAGCGGCAGCCCCAAUGGCAACGUGGUGGUCCGCACUAUGGGGCGGGGGGCCAGGAGCCGCUCCCCCUCCCUCAGUCGGCUGGGCGAGGAGAGCCGGCGGGCUCAGACCGCACAGCGGCAGCCCAGCCCCAGCGGUCACGGCGAGGCGCUCGGCCCCAGGAGGAAGCUGUACAGCGCCGUUCCAGGCAGACACUUUGUGGUGGUUCGCUCUUACUCCGUCCAGGCUGAGGGAGAGAUCAACCUCUACAAAGGCGACAGGGUCAAAGUUCUGAGCAUCGGAGAGGGGGGCUUCUGGGAGGGCAGCGCCCGCGGUCAGGUGGGCUGGUUUCCGGCCGACUGCGUGGAGGAAGUCCCGGCCAAGGCCACCGAGGAAAGGACCUAUUCCCGAGCGGACCGGGCCGACAGACGGAAACUCUUCAGACAUUACACCGUGGGCUCGUACGACAGCUUCGACGCCUCCAGUGACUGCGUGGUGGAUGAGAAGACGGUGGUGCUCCAGAAGAAGGAGAAUGAGGGCUUCGGCUUCGUCCUGCGCGGGGCCAAAGCCGACACGCCCAUCGAGGAGUUCACGCCCACGCCGGCCUUCCCGGCGCUGCAGUACCUGGAGUCGGUGGAUGAGGGCGGUGUGGCCUGGCAGGCGGGGCUCCGGACGGGCGACUUCCUCAUCGAGGUGAACCAGGAGAACGUGGUGAAGGUGGGCCACAGGCAGGUGGUCAACAUGAUCCGCCAGGGAGGAAACCGGCUGCUGAUCAAAGUGGUGACAGUGAGCCGGAACCUGGACCCCGAAGACACGGCGCGCAAAAAAGCUCCUCCGCCGCCCAAGCGAGCUCCAACCACCGCCCUGUCCAUGCGCUCCAAGUCCAUGACGUCAGAGCUGGAGGAACUCGUGGAUAAAGCCACACUAAGGAAAAAGAAAGGUGAUGCGCAGAAGAAGAGGAUUGUUUUCCAAGUGACUCUAAAUAAAGUGGAAGAGAUGACGCACGCCCAGAAGAGCUCACCUGUGGACACGAAGAUCGCCACCAUCAAACCUCGCCCCUCCAGUCGCUGCUUGGUCACUCCCACUGACAUGAAUUCCAUGUAUCACGACCGCCAGGGAGUAGCAGUGGUGCCGCCCACUGUGCCGGGAGCCUACCUGGGGAUCCCAGAGAAGGGCACCAUGAGGAAGCAGAAGUCUAUAGGUACAUCGGAGGAUGAUAAACAGGGACUCCUUACGCCUCCCCUGCUCAAGUUCUCCCGGAGCCUCUCGAUGCCUGACACCUCAGAGGACAUCCCACCUCCCCCAGCGAUUUCUCCCCCUUCACCACCUGCCUACAACUCAGCUCCCGGACCUACAGCCAAGAACUACGGCACCACUCGACCGAGCUUCACCCAGAACUCGCCUAACGCCGUGACGACCAUCAGCCGGACCACAGAUGUCGGCAGGUUACGGCGUGGAUAUUUCCGCCAGAGCUCUGAGCAGUUUGAGAGCACGCGCACUAGAGGGCGCACACCCGUACCCGAGAACCCUUACUCUGAAGUCGGCAAUAAGACCCUAUAUGUGCCAGCGAAACCAGCUAGAAGGAAGGGAAUGCUGGUGAAGCAGCCAAACGUUGAGGACAGUCCAGAGAAAACGUGUCAUGUGCCAUCUAGUCCCUCAGGCCCGGUUUCCAUGCCCACCACACCUGUCGAAAGGACCUGCUCCUCCAUCCCCAUACCCACCAUCAUCGUUAAAGAACCUUCCACCAGCAGCAGUGGCAAAAGCAGCCAGGGUAGCAGCAUGGAGAUUGAGCCCACUACGCCAGAACAUCCGCCUCUAACGCCCACCAUUGGUGGGGGUGGAGGGUUGCGUCCUGAGGACCCGACGUCUCUUAACAACCCGUUCGCAGCAGCUAUUGCCGGAGCGGUGCGCGACCGUGAGAAGAGACUCGAGGCGAAGAAGCACUCAAUCGCUUUCCAGUCAAUAGACAUAGGAGAUGAUGAAAUGAGUGGCCCUGCACCGACCCCUCGUCUUCGCCAGUCCAAGUCCAUAGAUGAAGGCAUGUUCAGCAGCGAUGAACGCCUCCGACGGAUAUUGGCUCCUCCUUCUACAGUGCAGCUUGGACCCCCUGUUGGUGGUGGCAGUGGAAAUAUGACAGAUUUCAACACGCCUGAGCCCACAGUGGUUCGGGAGCCUCUGAACACUAGAACAGGCCAGUGUCCGAAUCUGGACAGUCCAGUUAGUCUCCCAGCCACUCCUCCUAAGAGCCACUACAAGGCUAAUGGGACCUACCUCCAUCCUGUCACUGGUAAACCUUUGGACCCGAACUCCCCUCUGGCUCUGGCUUUGGCAGCUCGUGACCGGGCCAUGAAAGAGCAACAGAACCACCCUCAGAAUCAGCCAAUAAAUCCUCCUCAGGUUCAGCAAACCUCCAAGCACGAAGCCCAGUCCCUGCCACUUCAGCAGAGUCACAAACCGGACCUCAACCAACCGCUUUUUAUUGACACCAAAUUACGCUCGGGGAUUGAGACCAGCUUCGCAGCGAUCUCCUCGGCCACCAUGGGGCGGCCGGGUCGAGGUGGCCUCCGGCGACAGAUGACAGAGCAGAAGUAUGAAUCUGACGGCGCGCGGGCACAGCGGCAGCAUCAGACCGUCGAGGAGAGAAAAAGCGCGCCAGCAAACGUGGCAGACUCGUCGCAGCCCAAGUCGACUGGACUGUUGAUGGUCCACACGAGCACAGACACGACGAACAACAAGACGAACAACCAGGAGGUAGAGGUGCAGGAGAGCAACCGACCCUCUGAGCUGAAGGAUCCUAACCAGCCUGACCCUCACAAAGUCCCAACCCUUUUGUCCAAUCCUCAGCAAGCUGCCUCACGGAGAAGAAGUGUUCCUUUAGGAGAAUCUUUGGAAGAACCAGUGAAACUGCCCUUCCGCAUCCCCCCUCCACCGCUAGCAUCAGUCGACAUUGAUGAGGAAUUUGAAUUUUCAGAGCCUCUUCCCCCACCGCUGGAGUUUGCAAACAGCAUUGACAUUCCUGACGACCAGGCCAGUGCCAUUGCAGAGAUGAUUCAGCAACAGAGACGGAAUGGAGGACCUGCUUUACCCCCUUACCAUCCACACGCCCCUCCAUCUGUCAGUGAUCACCACAAACGCGUGUUAAACAACAUGCCCCCCUCCUACCAUCCAGCUCCAUCUGAUGCAGAGUCGGGGGUGGCGGAUUCUGGCAUCGAGGAGGUUGACAGCCGCAGCAGCGGAGAUCCUCAGCACAUGGAAACCACCAGCACUGUCUCCAGCAUCUCCACCCUGUCAUCAGAGGGAGGCUUCUGCGACAGCACUUUGGAGAGUCUCUACGCCACCGCAGACGGACACGCCUUCCUGGUGGACCGGCCCCCUGUCCCACCCAAACCCAAGGGCAAGUCCGUCAUCAACAGAACAUCGCUUUAUCAUGACGCUCUCAUUGAAGAGCCUCCUGAGUCUUAUGGGUCGCCGCCUCAAGCGCCUCCCCCUCCCCCUUCAUCUUCUGAGCCUCCUAGGACUCCUUCACAAAGGACAUCCAAGCUGUGGGGCGAUCAGCCCCCCGAGCUACGCAGCCCCCCAUCCACGCCAGACUCCAAGAACACGGUGAUUACUGAGCUCAGCUCCAUCCUGCAGCACAUGAAUCGCGACAGGCCGACCAAGCCAGGAGACGGCCUCGACUCCCCCACUGCGACCAGAGGCGGCUUCACAUCCAGGCCCCCCCCAGACGACUCAGGAAUGCGUAACAGCGGCGCGGCGGCGGCGCUCAGCUCCACGCCUCCCAGCAGCCUCCCGUCGCAGGCGAACCCCUGCAGCCCGCCGGACUCCACCUCCUCGCUCACGCCCUGCUCCUCGCUGCCUCCCUCCGUGUCGCCCACGCUCACCGACGUCUUCGGCCUGCCCACGCCCCCUAUGGGCAGCGGCGGCGGCUACAGCCUGAGCUCGUCGUGCGGCGGCAGCGGCAGCUCGCGCUCGCCGUCGCCGCUCACGCUGAUGCAGGCGGUGGCGGCGUCCGGGAAGCCGUUCGCCUCCAAACCCGUGGAGCUGUGGAGCAAACACGACGUGGCCGACUGGCUGGACAGCCUGAACCUCGGCGAGCACAAAGACGCCUUCCUGGACAACGAGAUCGAGGGCGCGCACCUGCCGUCGCUGCAGAAGGAGGACCUGAUAGACCUGGGCGUGACCAGAGUGGGCCACCGUAUGAACAUCGAGCGCGCCCUGAAGCUGCUGCAGGACAGAUAGACCUCCCAGCAGGCAGGGGGCGACGUGCUCACAGCUCCCCUUCACGCUAGCUGCAGCUGCCUCUUGCUGUUGUUGUCCUCUCAUCCUGCGUCGCCUCCCUCAUCUCAGAGCUUCGGUUUGUCUGCCCCCUCCUCCCUGCCGCCCUGGGCGGCCGCAGGGAGAGCGAAGGGGACCGGCGGUCCGUCUGCCGGUUUCUGGAAUAUUUUGAACUCUGGAAAUAUAAAAUCUGAUUGGUGUGGAGGUUCCUUUGGCAGACCUGUGCUCUCCCCGCCUCGCUCUGGAAUACGGAGACGUUUUCCGUUCUCUUGGAGUCGGUGCGAGAAGAACCAGCUGAGCUGGUCCAUGCUCCUUUUCUAUCUUUGCUAGUAUUUCUUCAGAGAAUAUUUCUUCACUAGAGUCCUAACGGAGUUAUAUUUCUGGGUGCGGCUGUAGGAGAACUUCUGGAGACAGACUCCGUCUUCUGUUGCUUUUCACCUGUUUGUGUCAAAACUAGAGCAUCAGCUGAGACAUUAAGCCAACAUGUCACCGUCCACAGAGUUCCUGCACCGUGGAGAUUCACACUUAGCUUUCACUCACAGCAUGCUCACACACACACCCCCACAAACACACACACACACACACACACAUAUAUGGAUGGCGUUUUAGCUCCUGAAUAGUGUGGAGCCCCACAGCGUCCACAUCAGGAUGUAGGGAAACCUGAGGUGAGGACAUGAGGAGGACUGGACCCCCAACACGUCCUUGUUCUUACUUCACUUUUCCUUCCUGUGCUGUGUGUGUGUGUGUGUGUGUGUGUGUGUGUGUAUGCAUGUUUGCGUGGGUGUGGGUCUGUGUGUGUGCGUGCGCCUGUGUGUGUUACUUUUCGACCCAGAAAUCCCUGCGACCCGUUUAGCUAUUUUCAUAAAUCUGCUAUGUAGGCCACAGUUUAGCAGAAGUAGAACUUUUUGUGCCUCACUCGGUCGGAUCUGUUCCACCUCACCAGUAACGGGUCAGGACUGGGAGCACUGGGAGCCCACCGCCAUGCUGCCGUGUCACACACCUGUGCACAGGUUGUACGAGUCCAGGUCUGAUUAAAAUGGUACAGGAAACAUUUUGGGAAAUAGACAGGUUUGUUUCUGGAUUUAAGAUCCCUCUCAACUGAUUCAUUUAAAAAUAUCGAUAUUUAUCUUGUACACAAGUAUCUUAUAAAAACAAACCUCUCCACCACAUCAUUUU